CUCCUCCCAAAAAAAUUCAUUAAUUGCUCCUCUUUCCAGCUGCCACCGGCAGCCCCUCCCACUCUUACUUCCUCAUCUGUUGUCUGCUUACCCUACUACGACUACCAAUUCCAAACCGAACCUUUGAACACAACGGAAUCGAGCAGUGCUCCCGGCGUGGUGGCUAGCGAUGUGUCCGCCAAACACAGCAUAGAGAACUAAAACAAGAAGGGGAAGGCCAUUGGAGAAGCGGAAGGAAGGAAGGAAUUAGCAGAGAGAGAGAGAGAGGCGGUUUGAGGAGGUCUGUCGAUCGAUCUACAUACAUCUGCUGAACUGCUCGGCCUUUGAUCUGGUGUGGUGGAGCUUGAUCAAUCCGACUGGAUCGGGAAGGCAGACAGAGCAGAGAAUGGGGAGAGGGAGAGUGCAGCUGCAGAGGAUAGAGAACAAGAUCAACAGGCAGGUGACGUUCUCGAAGCGGCGGUCCGGUCUGCUGAAGAAGGCGCAUGAGAUCUCUGUUCUGUGCGACGCGGAAGUGGCUCUUAUCGUCUUCUCCACCAAGGGGAAGCUCUUCGAGUACUCUACGGAUUCCUGAAAUUCUCUUGAGACAGGAAGCACUUCCAACAGUGUGGAAUCUACCUGCAUUAAUCCAAACUCAUCAGCACUUCCCUUCGAGACAGAUUCAGCUGAAAACUCUGAAAAUCAUGAAGCACCAGCUCACAUCAGAAAGAGACACCCUCCUUCACAAAUAAUAGGUAACCUUACAGAUCCGAUCCAGACUAGAGCUAAGCACAUCCCAGGUCAGUAUGCCUUUGUUUCCUUGCUUGAACCUAAAAAUUAUAAAGAGGUUAUACUUGAUGAAGAAUGGUUACUUGCUAUGCAAGAAGAAUUGUCUCAUUUCAUUAGAUUAAGUGUCUGGGAACUGGUACCUAGACCUGUAAACCUUACUGUUAUUGGAACUAAAUGGAUUUUUAGAAACAAAUCUGAUGAAUUAGGCUACAUUAUUAAAAAUAAAGCACGUCUAGUCGUGCAAGGAUACAAUCAAGAGGAAGGCAUCGACUUUGAUGAAACUUUUGCUCCAGUUGCUCGACUGGAAUCAAUUCGACUCCUUUGUGCUUAUGCUAGCUACAUGAAUUUCAAACUUUACCAAAUGGAUGUAAAAAGUGAAUUGUUAAACGGUGAGAUCAAGGAGGAUGUGUACGUUGAGCAACCUCCUGGAUUCAUCGACUUUGAAUUCCCUAACCAUGUUUUUAAGUUGUCCAAAGCACUUUAUGGUCUUAAACAAGCUCCUAGAGCUUGGUAUGAAAAAUUGACUCUUUUCUACUCUCUCAAUGCUUCUGUCAGGGUGGGGUCGACAAAACUCUCUUUAUUAAACGAAAAAAUAAUCACUCCUUGAUUGUGCAAGUUUAUGUAGAUGAUAGUCUUUGGAAGCACAGACCCUGGCAUGUGUGAUGAGUUCUGUUCCUCCAUGAAAAAUCAAUUUGAAAUGAGUUUGAUGGGAGAAUUGACAUUUUUCUUAGGCCUGCAAAUUCAUCAAACUGCUUCUGGGAUCUUCAUUCAUCAAACCAAAUACCUACAAUCUAUGCUGUCCAAAUUCGAUUUAAUGAGUAUUAGCUCUUGCAAGACCCCCAUUGCUUCAAAUACUCAUCUAGAUUAUGAUCUAGAUGGGCAACCAGUUUGUGAACAAAAAUUUAGAGGAAUGAUAGGGUCUUUACUGUAUUUAACUGCUAGUAGACCAGACAUUCAGUUCAGUGUCUGUCUUUGCGCCAGAUUUCAAAAUCAUCCUAAGGAAAGUCACAUGAUAGCUGUCAAAAGAAUUUUUAGAUAUUUAAAGGGUUCACAUGAUCUUGGUCUGUGGUAUCCUAAAUCUGAAUCUCCGACUCUAAUAGGAUAUUCUGACUCCGAUUUUGCUGGCAGCAUUACUGUUAGGAAAAAUACUAGUGGUACAUGUCAAUUUUUUGGUCGUUCCCUUGUGUCUUGGUCGAGUAAAAAACAAGGAUAUGUGGCCUUGUCAACAGCAGAAGCAGAAUAUGUUGUUGCGGGAAGUUGUUGCACACAGAUUUUCUGGUUAAAUCACAACUUUCAUACUAUGGUCUCAAUUUUAAUAAAAUUCCUAUUCUCUGUGACAACACUAGAGCAAUCUUUAUGUCGAAAAAACCCUGUCCACCACAGUAGAACCAAGCAUAUUGAAGUGAAACACCAUUUUAUCAGAGAUAUAAUUCAGGCUGGUCAUGUAGAAUUAAAUUUCAUUUCUACUGAAUUUCAACUUGCGGACAUCUUCACAAAGGCUCUUUCUUCUUAUCGAUUCAUACGACUAUGUGAUGAACUUGGAUUGCAGUCACUUCACUCCAUUCAGAAUGUCCAUUAAACCAGGUUCCGCACUUCCUUACUCGUACUUUACUUGUAAAUCAAUAAUUACUGCAUUUAUGUUUGUCGUGCCUUUCUAGAAAUUGGUUGUUCAAUGAAUGUGUUGUUUGAGU